AUGGAUAAAUUCAAGCAGAGACUUGCAGCACUUGCUAAUCGGUGUCGCAGAUAUACAGAGGCUGAGUCGAGAAGACAUCAGGCAACGUUAUUCUCCAACGAUGAAAGGAAAUAUUACAAACUUUUAAAUAGCAAUGAACACGGUGUAGUGCAACAUCCUGGUGUUGAAGAUAUGGAAAAAUUUUGGAAGGAUAUUUGGCAGGAGCCAGUUAUGCACAAUGAAAAUACAUACUGGAUAGAUCAGGUGAAAAGCAAGAUGAGAGACCUUGCUGGAAUGCCACAAUGUGUAAUCUCUACAGAGGAUGUUUCUAUUGCAGUGAAGAAGAGUCACAAUUGGAAAGCACCAGGGCCAGAUGGUAUUCAAAACUAUUGGCUGAAGAAUUUUUCAAGCUUGCAUUCUAAGAUUGCAGGCUGCUUCAAUGACCUACUACAACAGAGAUCAGAAAUACCAGUGGGUUUUGCAUCUGGACUUACUUUUAUGAUUCCAAAGAAAGAGGGGAAUCUGAGCCCUGGAGAUUAUAGACCAAUCACAUGCCUGAACAGUACUUACAAGCUAAUGACAUCCACGCUCGCUUCCAAGAUUGAUAGCCACAUCACUCUCAAUAAGAUCAUGGCAACAGAGCAGCUUGGAUGUAGGAAGGGUGCUAAAGGCUGUAAGGAGCUUUUGAUUCUGGACUCUUUUAUUGCAGGGCAAGCAAGUGCAAAGCAAAGGAAUGUAUCAAUAGCUUGGAUAGAUUAUGCUAAAGCAUUUGACUCGGUUCCACAUAGCUGGCUGUUGUAUGUUCUCCAGCUCUACAAGGUGGAUGAAGCUCUUGUGAACCUCAUGAGGAUGAUAAUGAGCCAGUGGAGUGUACAACUGAAAAUAGGAAGUGGAGAAACACAAAUUCAGACUGAAUCAAUCCAGAUCUGCCGAAGAAUCUAUCAAGGAGAUAGCUUGAGCCCACUAUGGUUCUGCCUUGCAUUGAAUCCUCUUAGCCUGAUGCUUGAAGAAUCUACAUAUGGGUAUAAAAUAGAAGUUUCUUGGAGUCUUAGAGUUUCUCAUAGCUUCUAUAUGGAUGAUCUGAAGCUUUAUGCCAGAUCCCCAGAGCAACUGCAGGGUAUGAUUGAGCUAGUCUCUGCCUUCAGUCAGAGCAUUUGCAUGAAGUUUGGAUUAAGUAAGUGUACUGUGCUGCAUGUGGAGAAGGGUCGAAUGAAAAUGCAGAGGGAUGAACUGAGAGCACUGGAUAGUGAGAUAUCAGAGCUCAAGCAAGGACAGUCAUAUAAGUACUUGGGACUUUAUCAGCAUCUGAAAAUCUCAAAAACAGAAGUGCUCACAAAAGUGGAAGGUGAAUUCCGCAGCAGACUUGAUAGGGUUCUAAAAGGAAAACUAUCUGCAAAGAAUUGCAUCAAGGCUGUGAAUACUUGGGUGAUCCCAGCAUUGGCCUAA